AUGGCUAAUCUUGGCAACGUAUUCAUCUCGAUGAUGCUCACAGUAGCUUGGGUCAAGGUCUCUUCGGAGAAAUACCCCCCACCUAAAUGGCUGUAUGGCGAGGAUAUCUCCACCGGUGAUCGCUUCUACUUACAUUCAGGGCAUAGAACUUCACGAGUCAAAGAUUACAGUGCGACUUAUAACGCCUCUGUAAAGAAUGCAAACUAUGAUGUUCAGUGCACACCAACCACUGAAUGCGUGCUUCCAACUGCCCCUGAGAAGCAAGCCUGGGUGUUUGUUAUCGACGGGAAAACGCAGAAGCAAACUGAGUAUUGGGUGAACGUGAAUACUGACAGCCGGUCUCAUUGUUUCGAACUCCCUAAACAAUACGACAACAGUCCGGAACUUGCCGAUAAAACGAAUGAGCUGAACGCUUUGUGUGAAGAUUCUGACUUCCGAGUUAUCAAGGGUGCUCCCGCAGUCGUCGAAGGUGGCAAGUACAUCCCCGAAUUUACCCUGAAAGACGGCGAGUAUACCUGUCAUGAAGCAGGCUCACCGGGCGGCCAAAGAGUUAGUAUGGAGCUCCAUGUGCGAGAGGGUUUGAUUGAACACAUCGAUACGACAUCUUUGGGGAAACCGAUAGAACAACUCUACUACACUACGGUCGGCGAAGCUAUCUAUGUGGGUCUUUUUCUCGAAAGAGUGAGAUAUAAUACCCAUUGGAUUAUUCUCGAGCCAACUGAGAGGGAAGUUGUGCUGCAAUACGAGAAAAUGAAUAGGAGGAAUCUGGAGAGCUGGUUCCAGGAUUCUCAGGGAGGCAACGGUCUCACUGAAGCAUUGCCUACGAGAGAAAAAGGGAAAUCGAAAAGCCGAUCUACAGGUAUAAAGCACCUCACUAAAAGCAUGAGAAAGAG